AUGGCUCAGUAUUUGUCUGUGAAAGAAAAAUAUAAAAUUAUUUUAAAUGACGAUGUACGUCCAAAAGCUAGUCAUUCACAAAUCAAAAACAUAUUUGAUAUGAUAAUUAAGAAAUAUAUUGAUAAAUCUAUCAUUGGAAAGAUUUUGAGUCCGAAAUUAUUUAUUUAA